AUGGGUGGCAGAAUACAUGGGUUUCUUGCUGGCGUCUUGUUGACAUCGGCAUCAACUUACUAUCUAGGCUACACGUUCCGCCAGAACCUGGAGUUUGUAUCCAAGCAACUACAACAAUCCAACCAUAUCAUAAACAACAGGAUCCUCACCGAUUCGGAUUACAGACAAACAGCAAUACCAAAUAACCACAUAACGGCAACGUUGAGACCCAGCUGGACCGAGACGUGUAAAGAUAUAUGGAACGAUGAAAUAAUCACCAUGGUGAACUGGAUUUACUCCAUCAACUGGUACAAGCUAGGCAUCAAAGUGGACGAAGAAGCAAGCAAAUUGACCGAUAAGAUAGUCGAACAACUAAGCAAGAAACAAAAAUAA